AGAAUGCCAAGAUCGACAGCCGUCCCAAGAUCAGCCGCUCCGCCAGCAUCUCGGGCGCGGGCACGGGCUCGCACCUCUCGGGUGAGGUCAAGAGCAUCCUGAAACACUCGACUGGUGCAACCGUGAAGCAGCAUCAGCAGAGCGAGGCAGGCUUCCCACCCGCGGUGCAGGACCUGACCGACGACCAGUAUGCAGCGCUGUACCAGACUGCUCAGAGCAUGGGCGUCGAGGACAGGGCCACCUCGCCCCAGCGGCGGCUGAUGAGGGAGCGCGCCACGAGGGACUACGAGUCUCGGGACAUGAUGGACAACUUGCGCAAGCGCAUGGGGGGCGGCGGUGAGCGACGCUACUCCUUCGACAUGCCCCCUCGGCGGUUCACGGGCUCAUACGGCGAGAAGCCAUCGAGCGUAGGCAAGCGGUCUGAGGCAUUUUACGAUGACAGGUUCGACGAGAGGAGGUGGUAAACAAAAAACGCUCAUUACAAGACUGAUUUAUUUUUGGGUUACAUUUUGCAUACUUUGUUCGAUACACACUCGUUUUAGGCGUAUACGAUGGGGGGGGGGGGGGAAGGAGCACAAGGGAUUCACACAAUAAAGAUACCGGUCGUUUCACUAGAUGCAAGAUAUAUAUAUAUAUAUAUAUAUAGCUUCUUUUUCCUUUGUCAACAAAAUUGAACCUGACUUUUUUGCAAGC